CAUCGCGCAUGCGUGACCAACGGAAAGGCGGUUGAAUUUAAAUUCUGGCCGUGAAGAAACGCGGGUCGCUGGCGGGCGGGCGGCGCCGCUGCUGCUGUUGCUGUUGUUGUUGGGCGGUCCAGCGUUAAGGUUUAAACCAUGGAUGAAAAUUAUUCUGUACUUCUAGAGGCCAAUGGUGAACUUGUGGAAGGGCAUUGCAAGAGGAGACAGUCAGGAAUCUUAAAAGCUUCCCGAAGUCCACUCAGAACUUUAAAAGAAACUGAUAUCAGCCAAAAGUUGGAGCCCGUUGGAAAAUUCCGCAGGAGCUCUCGAAGAGUCAGUUUUGCCGAGACUAAAGAAAUUAAAGAGUUUGUGACUGAUAAAAUAAUACAAGCUGAUGAGGAAGAUGAUGAAAUGAUCAGCACAUUACAGUGCAAACAAAACAUGGAGACUUAUAAUACAAGAGACGGUGAUAAAGAUAAUCUGCAGGAAGAGUUGGGAAGAGAUAUGAUGCCACAAGAUACAAAUUGCAAGAUUGCUGGUAUGGAUGCACUGCUUCAUGCGCCUCUCCGAACGUCUCUACAGUCAGAGGUAAUUUGUGGAAUUGCUGUGAACAUCCUCAAACUCUCAGUAAACAUCAAUUCUUCUCCAUUUCUGGGCUUGAAGUGCGAAGAGGUGAAGAAACAGUCACAUCUUCGGAAUCAAAAUUUACAGCAGAAUUUCAAAAAAAGAUUGACUUCAGAUGUUCCUUGGCUGAAGUUGAUUCUACAUGGCCACAAAGUUCUAACACGAGUCAUGGCAAAGGAGAAGAUGUUUCUGAUAUGUUAUUUAGUUCUGUCAGACACAAUACAGUUCCCAAACAUCAAAAGACAAUUGAUUUUAAAUCAUUCUUGAGUAGAGUAAAACAGACUGAGACAGAGAAUAGAAUUAUAUCCAUGCGCUCCAGCUUUGAGGAGCAGAUAUAUAAAAAGGCAGCAUUUCCUGUUACUUCACCUUGCAAAGCUCUGGAAUUGACAACUAACUCGAUGUUCCAAAA